AUGGCCACAGAGCAUAGCCCACACCCAGACUCCAGCCCCCAGAAGCCCCCUGAGCCUCCUGGGAGUGUUGCUGAGGGAUCCCUCUUGACCAGAAAGAGCAGUAAGAGGGAGAAACGCAGAUCCCGGAAGGGGAGUUCUGGGGAGCAGACCCCUGGCCUGGGCUCCAAGGACCCAGGAAACAGCAAGAACCCCUCAAAAACCGAAGAGGGCCAGGAAGGGCCACCCCCAGCAUCCCACGCAACAGGCUCCCAUCGACACUCCCACCGGCAUCGGACUGAUCCCCAGCAGGAUGCUGCCCAGCGGACGUAUGGGCCCCUGCUCAACCGCAUCUUUGGGAAGGAUCGUGAACUGGGUCCUGAGGAGUUGGACGAGCUUCAGGUUGCCUUUGAAGAGUUUGACACUGACCAGGAUGGCUAUAUUGGCUACCGGGAGCUGGGUGACUGCAUGCGGACACUAGGCUAUAUGCCCACUGAGAUGGAACUCCUGGAGGUCUCGCAGCACGUGAAGAUGCGCAUGGGUGGCUUCGUGGAUUUUGAGGAGUUCGUGGAGCUGAUAGGACCGAAGCUGAGGGAGGAGACGGCGCACAUGUUGGGCAUACGAGAGCUUCGUAUUGCCUUCCGAGAGUUUGACAGGGACAGGGAUGGACGAAUCACAGUAGCGGAGCUGCGGCACGCAGCACCAGCUCUGCUGGGGGAGCCACUGGAGGGGACUGAGCUGGAUGAGAUGCUACGAGGUAUAGACCUCAAUGGGGAUGGCACCAUAGACUUUGAUGAGUUUGUGAUGAUGUUGUCUAUCCACUGAGAUGCCAGAAGGGAGAACCUGCUUGUUGCUGAGGUCCAGACACCAGAAGUACCUGAACCGCACACCCUCCCCAAGCUCCAGGAGGGACAAGACCAAGAAGUCCCAGUCUGCAUCUUCCCACCCCAUACCUGGCCCCAAGGUCAGCCUGUGAUGUCACCUACCACACUUGUCAUCUCCUCUCACUCCUUGAGCUAUGGGAGAAAACUUCUACUAGUUGCCAUUUCCCAGUUAAGCGUUAAGCACAAGAUUUGAAUCUCCCCAUGUUCUAGAGAGGUAGGGA